UCUCUCUCUCUUUAAUCAGAAAUCAAAAAGAGCACACAGACUCCUCCUUCUAUUCCCCUGCUCUCCCUCUUUCUCUCUGUCUACGCUUUUUUUUCUCGGAUGCCCCUCUCUCACUCAUGCCUUCUUCCUCUUGUCACUCUUGUAGUGGACUGUACUGACAGAAAUGUGGACAAUCAUCCUCUCGCUCUUCCUCUUGCUCCAGCCUGGUUCGGCUGAAGAAGUGAUGCUGCUGGACACCACUGAAUCCACUUCUGAACUUGGCUGGACAACUUAUCCUGAUACUGGGUGGGAUGAAGUGAGUGUGCUUGACGACAAGGGCAAGCUUAUCCGCACCUUUGAGGUGUGCAACGUCAAUCAAAACCAGCGUCUCCAUGACAACUGGUUGGCCACUCCCUUCCUAUACAGCCAUUCAGCUCCUCGGAUCUUUGUCACGCUACGCUUUUCCGUACGUGACUGCACCAGUCUGCGCUCACCCUCACCGACCUGCAGGGAGACACUCACACUCUACUACAGGCAGGCCGACUCUCAGAGAGAACUGGAGAGAACCUGGAGUGCAGAGCCUUCCAGUGGAGAGACCAGAGAGGGUUGGGUGAAGAUAGACACCAUCGCAGCAGACAAGAGCUUUAGCCGUGUGGAGCCGAGUCUUCCACACCAGUACAAACCAGACCGGAUGCGCCGCAUCAACGUCAAGACCCGCAGCUUUGCCCCCCUCACACGUCGCGGAUUUGUGCUGGCUAUAGUAGACAGUGGAGCAUGUGUGUCACUCAUGGGUGUGUCCAUAUUUUACCGCCGCUGUCCAGCAACAACUCUGUACAUGGCCUCCUAUGUGGCCACGCCCUCAGGGGCAGAGCCUACAGCUCUGGUGCCAGUUACUGGGACUUGCGUACCUCACAGCCAAUCACAGGGCGGGACGGCACCCCGGAUGCACUGUAAUGCGGAGGGUGAAUGGAUGGUGCCUGUAGGAGGGUGCACUUGUGAUGCAGGAUAUGAACCAAAUCAUAAUGGCUCUGCCUGUAUUGCCUGUCAAAUGGGCUUCUUUAAAGCCGUGUCGGGUUCGAUUUCAUGCACUGAGUGUCCAGCUAAUAGCAGAACCAGCUUGGAAGCGUCUAAAGCGUGUGAGUGCCGCAGUGGGUUCUACCGCGCGCCGAGUGAUGCCAGCACCACUGCCUGCACUGCUCCCCCCUCGGCCCCUGUGUCUCUGUCCUGGGAGUACGAGAGCUCACAGGGAGGGGUGUCUCUACGCUGGAAGCCCCCGCUGGACCUGGGGGGCCGGAGUGAAGUGACAUAUGGGGUGGUGUGCAGAAUCUGUCCCUCGGCCACACAGUCACACCCUGGUGCCUGCUCCUGGUGCGGAGAUUCAGUCACUUAUACACCCUAUAAAAGUGGCCUCAAACAAACUAAAAUCACCAUCAGCAAUCUACUUACCCGAGUCACCUAUCUCAUACAGGUUCAAGCUAUGAAUGAUGUGUCUCCUCUCAGCCCUUUCCCACCGCAGUUUGCUAGUAUCAACUUCACCACCAGCCAAUCAGUACCUUCUGAGGUUCCCAUACUGCAUCAGCUCAACAGUGCUCCAGAAUCUAUUACUCUGUCCUGGCCUCAGCCCGACCGGCCCAACGGAGACAUCCUGGAGUACCAGCUCAGAUACUACGACAAGAGUUCUGAUGAGAGCAGUGCAACCAGUGUGUUCACUGAGACCAACACAGUGACCGUGGCUGCUCUGACCCCGGGCUCCAUUUACGCCUUCCAGAUCCGAGCACGCAAUGAGCGAGGCUAUGGCCCUUACGGCAGUUUGGUUUACUUCAGCACUCUGGCUAUGGAAGAGAGGUCAAGGCAAAUUCAGAGCCGCCUGCCUCUGCUAGUCGGGUCUGUGAUGGGUGGAGCUGCAUUUCUAUUAGUUGUGGCAGCAGUCGUCAUCGUUUUUGUCUUUAGGACUAAAAGGAGAGAGAGCCAUUACAGUGACAGACUUCAGAGAUAUAUAAGCAACCGAGCUGGGGUAAAGUAUUAUGUGGAUCCUUCCACUUAUGAGGAUCCGAGUGAAGCAGUCAAAGAAUUUGCCAGAGAAAUUGACCCAGCUCACCUGAAGAUUGAGGAAGUCAUUGGUGCUGCUCAGUUUGGUGAGGUGUCCAGGGGCAGAUACAGACCUUUGGGCCGUAGAGAAGUGAUGGUAGUGGUGAAGACUCUGCGAUGGGGAGUCACAGACCGUGAGAGAGGAGUGUUCCUCAGCGAGGCUGGGAUCCUGGGCCAGUUCGAUCACCCCAAUGUGCUGAAGCUUGAGGGCGUGAUCACGCACACUCCUCCUGAGCGCAUCAUUAUGGAGUUUAUGGAGAACGGCCCCCUGGAUGCCUUCCUCAGGGAAAAUGAGGAUCAGUUCAGUGUGUUGCAGCUGGUGGGUAUGGUGAGAGGCAUCGGAGCAGGAAUGUGUUACCUUUCUGAGAGGAAUUUUGUGCAUCGUGACCUCGCAGCUCGAAACAUUCUGGUGAACUCAAACCUGGUUUGUAAGGUCUCAGACUUCGGUCUGUCGAGGCUCAUGAAGGACCUGGACCACAAUAUGCCCACCUACACUGCAUCACUGGGUUGUAAAAUACCCAUAAGGUGGACGGCUCCUGAGGCUUUCCAGCAUCGCAAGUUCAGCUCGGCUAGCGAUGUCUGGAGCUUUGGGAUCCUCAUGUGGGAGGUGAUGUCAUAUGGAGAACGGCCAUAUUGGGACAUGAGCAACCAGGAAGUAAUGAAGGCAGUAGUUGAUCAGUAUCGUCUUCCCGCUCCUAACAGUUGCCCUCCUGCUCUACAUGCUCUGAUGCUGCAGUGUUGGCAGGCUGAUAGACAGGACCGUCCCAGAUUCAACUCUAUCCUCUCUUCUCUAGAUCGUCUCAUACGUCACCCUGCAUCCCUGAAGGCUGAGCAUGCUCGCCCCACCCAACCCCUGCUUAGCCCCACCUCUACAGAUCUGUCAACAGUGACGACUGUCAGAGAAUGGCUGAGUGCGCUGAGAAUGGACCGCUACAAGGAUGAGUUCGAGAGAGCACAGCUGCACAGCCUGGAGAGAGUGAGCUUGCUCACUAUGGAGGAUGUGCAGGCUUUGGGAGUAAACCUGUUGGGUCAUCAAAGGAAGAUUGUGAAUGCAGCACAGCAGCUCAGGACUCAUCUCACUCAGGGACAGGUGGAGGUGUAGAGGACUUUCCCCUCCCUUCUUGUGGACACUAUAAUACACAGAUGUCCAGUCCAGCCUACACAGCGGCCCAAGCCCUGCAACACAGGGGGAUUCAAAUGACUAAGUGUUACAGCACGAUAAGAACAUUGUUUUACACUAUUUAUUUGCUCAUCAAUCUGUCAGUAUCUCGCUUGUUUACCCACCAAUUUUCUCUCUUCCUUGUCAUGCUUGUUUAGGUGCCCAUAUUCCUCUCUCCUUUGUCUCCACUGUUUAUCUGUCCAUAUUCUUGUCUGCCUUGUUUCUCCAACACUCCUACACACACCCAACCGUCCAUUCUCCAUUAAUACAGAUCGCAAAAAAAUUCAGCUGUAAGCUAAUGUCUGAAAAAAAUCAAAGGGAGUACCAAUACAGUCAACGGCAACAACAGUCGAUGACAUUGUUUGACUGACUGUUUGAUUUAAUUUAGCAGUUAUGAGGCUUUGGAUUGGCUCUAGGUGGUUGCUAAUUCAUAUACUAAUUCAAAUUAGAAAUUCUAAUACUAAUUCAAAUCUUUUUCCACUUUAUUCCAGGGCUUCUCAUCUCUAAUGAUUAGGGACCCUAUUCCUCUAAUAUACAUAAGGCUGUUCAUCAUUCUUUCAUGAGCUGAAUCACAUUUGUUUUGAAGUAGGGAGCAUUUACAACAGUGCAGGGCAGUGAAGUUGACAUGCUAGAGCUUAUAUGAUUGUAUUCAGUAGCUUUGGACUCACUCAUUAAUUUCAAGGACCAAUCAGAAUGGCAGAUUUAUUCACUUUCUUCAUAAUUAAGAGAUGGAUGCAAAUUGAGACUUUUAUGUCUGUUUAAGGUAAUUUAUUUACCUUUUAAAAAGCAAAUCACUACCAUUCAUCACUAUACCAAAACACUUUUAGUUUCACCCACGUUGCAAUUCUUAGUCAGACAUUAAGUAUUCAUCUUUGUAUUCAUUACAUUACAAAAGGUUAUGUUCAGAUUAUAAGGCUGAGGUGGCCCAAAUCCAGUUUUUUUUGACUAGAUAUGACUCUGAUUGUUUAUGUUUUCAAAUAUAAUUUAAACCACUUUCAUGUGUGGUCGUAGAUUGCAUUCAUAUCUGAUACCUGGCAAUGUGACCAUAUUAAGAGCUAAAUUUAAAUGAGCUUUUUCUUACAGUAUACUACAGUACUGCUGGCUCCAGUUUCACAUGCCAGCCACAAGAAAUGCCAGUACUAUCUACAAAACAGCGAAAGCUAUGCAUUUGGCCUUCUAUUACCUUUUUGUCCCAGUGAGCAUAUAAGCAAUGAAGGCUUGUAUACUGGUUCAUUCAUUUUAUGUGCAUGAUGGUCAGAUUCAGGCACUUUUAACACAUGUGGGUCACUUACACUUGCACAAUGCAGCACAGGAAGCAUCAUAUAUGUGCUAAAAUCAGCAGUAAGGCUUGAUGGUAUUAGGGAAUGGAAAGAUUUUGAUAUUUUUACAGUGAUUUGCCUGUAAUCAUAUUGCUCACAGCAGGCUGUUAUAGUGUAAAUUGAGGUAUAUUUCUGUAAUAUUUUUGGAACAAACAUGUUACAAGAAGGUCUAUUUGUGCACUCAUGUUGUACACUGAUAUUUAUCAUUUUUAACACUUACAGUAAAAUAUAAGGUUUCAGUGUCAGCUAUAGGCUAGCAGCCCUUAAACAAAUGGCGUUCACUGUUCAGCCAGUACAUUUCAGCCACAUUGCUACAUCAAUGGAGCCUGAUCAAGGCCACAAUAGACAGAUUAUCAGGUGUAUUGUCCUUGAGUAUUGUAUAUUGAGCUGAGUAGAGGGAAAGCUUCUGCAUUACACUGAAGUGUGCUAUUCAUGAAUAGUUAUUAGAAAUUAUUUCAUAAAUCAUGUUUCUUGUAACAUAACUUAUGCUCCGUAAAAGAUUUAGCACAAGUGCGCUUAUUUACCACUCUGCAAUAGGUUUACUGUAGCACAGAUGUAAUAAUUUCAGUGGAAAUUAAUCGUAAUUGUUCAGCUUGUUUUAAUUAAUUAAUUAAUUAGAAUCAUUAAAAUUGAACCAAAUUAAUUAUAAUACAUAAGAUGCAGCUUUGCAUUUCGGUACCAUGUUCAUCUGCUAACACUAAUCCAUCUGUCAUAUACUUGUUCCCUUGUAGAACGCUGUGUGUUGAGUUGUUACCAGCGCUGGCUGCUGGAAUUUAGUGUACAUUUUGUAGUGACAUUCAAGGUUAUACAGUAGAUAGGAAACAUUAAAAAACCCUUUUUUUCAAGGCAUGACUUUUGAUCAUCAGUCUUUAUAUAUAAAGACUUUCCUUCAGCAAUUUCUUCAUUUCUUCAUCUGGACCAGCAUAUAUUGCAUGCAAAAGUUUGAAACCACUAGUGAAAAUGCAUCUAUUUUUCAUUCUUUUCUAAUUUAAUACAACAUUUUUUAUUAUAAGUUAUAUUACUGACAACAACUUGUGUGAAAAGUAGAAUUUUUGAAAUAUCUUCAUGAAUUUCAGUUUCUUAGUAUAACUUCGUCUCCUUUUUGCUUUAAUGACAGUGUGCACUCAAACUGGCAUGGACUCCACAAACCUUAUCCAUUUUUAGAUCAAAUCCACAGGACUGUCGUCUGAACACAUGCUUCAUUAGAAGAGAUUAGACAUGAGGAAAAUCUGACCUUGUGUACAAAGCAGUUAACAUGAUCAAUAUCACGUGUUUGCUUACAUUUAAAUAGGGACCUAGAAAUAGUGCAGAAUCUUGAGAUAUAUAUAUGUGUGUGUGUCUGUGUGUGUAAAAUGUGCAAUAUAUGCUGGUACAGAUGUAAAUAAUAUAACUGGAUAUGGAUGAAUAUGCUUCCUAAAGAGUCACUGAUGCAAAGAGAGUUUCCGUUUCAAACCCUUGUGCUCAAUGCACCAUGGCUGAGAUCAAACCAACAAGGUCCCUUAGCUUCGUGCUGUAAACUGCAAAUUCAUCAGUUCAGCAACAGCAUAAACUGAUGCAUGCAGGCUGCCAGAAAAAAAAGACAUGCAACUGUUGAUUCAGAACAAUUCUUGAUGAUACAGUGACUAGAGUUUACAGUUAGCUUUUACACUGACAUAAUUCUUUUAUCAUAUAUGCAAAGGCCUACAAUUUCAGAACUUAAGGGUGUAAGGGUGAAACAUAGUAGAUUAGUCGAUAGUUCAAACAGGAUUUCUGCAAGUGUAGUAAACUAAGAGAAUUUUCCCUCUAGAGCUCAUUAAAGCAUUAAUCAUUUAAUUUAUCUCUGUACUCCAGUACUGUGCUAAAAAAAAAAAAUCUCAAGCAGUACACUCAAGCAUAACGAGUAUAACCAUAUUUUCUCUUUGUAGAUCUUUUCCAUUGUAACCUGUUACAGACUAAUAGCUGCCAGUUAAAACAUGGCACCCUGGCAAAACUCAGCACUCCACUGUUAAUCAGGAUGUUUGUCAGUGCAUAUUUUAAGGAAGUAUAAUAUAUAAAUGUAUUAAAGCGCAUUAAGCGUUGUUGCCUCAGAACAUAAAGCUGUCUGUCUCAGAGCUCACCCAAACCACAAGCACUUCCCUGUUCCUUUCAAUGGAGACACUUUUUCCAUUGUACUAGAAGCAUAUGAUCAUUAGGGUGAGCUCCCAGAGCCAGUCCUCUGUCCAAUUCACCCCAUAUGUGUGUAUUACACAAGUCACCACCUGCUUUAUUCACCCGCUUUAUUCACCACGUAACAUCACACUCUAACACUGUACAUGUCAAACGAGUCGGCAUGUAUGCUUUAGUUCAUGGGACUUCUCAUCAGUGAAAGGAAUGGGGACAAUGCUUUUCGUGUACACUUGCAUCUUGAGUGUGUGUGUGAGUGAGUGUGUUUUCACAGGAGCACUUGAGUUUGUAUAAUUUGUUACUGUUCACCAAUAUUACACUACUGUGAGAAUUUGUAAAAAUGAGUAAAUGAAUAAAUAAAUAAAAGAAUUUUUAUUUAUAUAUAACAAUGGUCUAAUGUUUACUACACUGAAGCUGUAGCAUAUGUCUAUAAUAUAAGAAAAGCAUUUUUAUCUUUUUAAGUAAUGCUAUUGUCAGAUUUACACAACUAGAUCAUGGACUAAAAACAUAAUUUUCUUCAUUCUGAGAAAAAGAAAUUACACUGAACCAACUUAAUAUUCAAGGCUAAAGGCUAGAGUAGGCGGCGCCACUGCACCACUCAAGAGCUAUUGCUAUUCCUCUUUGGUUUACGAGAGGUUUUCAACUCUCUCUUUUUAAUAUCUUGCCUAAAUGUUUUAGCUGACCUAACUCAAAAUUUUGCCUGUAGUGUAAUGGAUGUAAAAGUAUGCAUUCAAAUAAAAAAAAUUCAUGCAGUUGGUUGAACUUACUAUGUGAAAUUUAAAAAAUAAUAAUAAUAAUAACAUAGUUUUCUAUUUACGCUGAAUUUACUUGGUUAUAUUAAACUUUAUUUACUAACCAUCAGGUACACACCUUCUCAUAAUAUGACGUUCUUGCUACUGUCAUGUACUGCCCUGUUCCCAUAAAACACUGCAGGUCAGCAGAUAGCUCCUGUUCAGUCUUAGUCAGCGCUAGAUCGAGAGAUCUGAUCUGUAUACAGCAUAAGAUCUUAAUCUACUAUACGGGUGAAAAACACAAACAGCAAUUUCGAAAUGGGUUUAUUAACUUAGAAUGGAAAUGUAUUUAUUUUGCCACUAUGUGCUAUGAGGCCAAACAAAAAAAGGUAAUUUCUAUUUUUAUUCUGUUGUAAGUAGUAAAUUAAGUAAGUAUUACUUACUUUAUAUAGUUUAUAUACUCAUGUAAUAGACUUUUUAAUUAAAUAAUUAAUUAAUUAUAUGGUCAGGUGAUC